AUGGAAAAGGAGGGUCUCUGGUGUUCCACUUUAGAGGAAGCCUGGAAACCUGAGUAUUGGUUAGACGGGCAACCAAAAAUCCAAGACAGACAUUUGGGCCAAGUGGCAUUUAUUCAUAAGGAAACGCUCACUGAGAGGAAGGCCUGUGAAGACAAUGAAUUUGAAAGAUGUUCCAGUCAGGGUUCAGUCCUAGACACAGAACAGAAUAUUCCUACAGGAAAAAGGACCCACAGUUGUAAUUCACCUAGAAAAGAUGCCAAGCAAAAUUCAGAAUUCAUUAAAACUCAAAGAAUGUUUGUAGUAAAGAAACUCUAUGAGUGUAGUGAGUGUGGAAAAGCCUUCGGCCAGAGCUCAUCCCUUCUUAAGCAUCACAGAAUUCAUACUGGUGAGAAACCAUAUAAGUGUAAUGUGUGUGGAAAACACUUUAUUGAAAGUUCCUCCCUUACUGUACAUCAAAGAAUUCAUACUGGGGAGAAACCCUACAAGUGUAAUGAAUGUGGAAAAGCCUUCAGUCAAAGCAUGAACCUCACUGUUCACCAACGAACUCAUACUGGAGAGAAGCCCUAUCAGUGUAAAGAAUGUGGAAAGGCCUUCCGUAAGAACUCAUCCCUCAUUCAACAUGAAAGGAUUCAUACUGGAGAGAAGCCCUAUAAAUGUGAUGAAUGUGGAAAAGCUUUUACCCAAAGCAUGAAUCUUACAGUGCACCAGAGAAUUCAUACAGGGGAAAAACCCUAUGAAUGUAAUGAAUGUGGAAAAGCCUUCAGUCAGAGCAUGCAUCUUAUUGUACAUCAAAGAAGUCAUACAGGAGAGAAACCCUACGAGUGUAGUGAAUGUGGAAAAGCCUUUAGUAAGAGCUCAACUCUUACCCUACAUCAGCGAAAUCACACUGGAGAGAAGCCCUAUAAAUGCAACAAAUGUGGGAAAUCCUUUAGCCAAAGUACAUACCUUAUAGAACAUCAGAGACUGCAUUCUGGAGUAAAACCAUUUGAAUGUAAUCAAUGUGGAAAAGCUUUCAGUAAGAAUUCAUCUCUUACUCAACAUCGGAGAAUCCACACUGGAGAGAAACCUUAUGAAUGUAUGAUAUGUGGAAAACAUUUCACUGGUCGGUCAUCACUAACUGUGCAUCAGGUUAUUCAUACUGGAGAGAAACCUUAUGAAUGCAAUGAAUGUGGAAAAGCCUUCAGCCAGAGUGCAUAUCUUAUUGAGCAUCAGAGAAUUCAUACAGGUGAGAAACCCUAUGAAUGUGAUCACUGUGGGAAAGCUUUUAUUAAAAAUUCAUCCCUUAUAGUUCAUCAGAGAACUCAUACAGGAGAGAAACCCUAUCAGUGUAAUGAAUGUGGAAAAGCUUUCAGCCGGAGUACAAACCUUACACGACAUCAAAGAACUCAUACAUAA